AUGGCUCAGGGGAAUGGAUACACCGCCGAUGCUUGGGCAGCCAUGGGCCCCUACAACCAGAGCCCAUACAGCAACAGUCCCAUGAACGAGUACGGCAGCUGGUCCGGCUAUCCAGCCCCUCCGCCGCCCUCCAUGCCUCCUGCGGUGGCAGAGACCCCCGUCACUGUGUCGAGACCCGUCGAGGUCCCUCGGACCGGAACCCUGCCCAGGAAGACGCUCAGCAUGGAGCAGAAGAGAGCCAUGUGCCAAUACUCGGAAGACAACCCGGGUAUAAGGCAGAUGGAUAUCGGGAAGAAAUUCGGAGUCGAGAGAAGCACCGUCUCAAAGGUCCUUCGACAGAAGGAUCAAUACCUCAAGCGAGACCAAGAGGAUCAGUCGUCCUCCAAAAAGGCAAAAGGCAGGCACCCAGACUUUGACAGAACCCUGAGCAACUACGUCAGGAGGCAGCAGCAGCGAGGAGUCGAGGUCAAGGACGAGGAGAUCAUCAAGCAUGCCAAGCUCUUCGCCCGAGCCAGUGACAAUCACGAGAGCCUUGUCAGCAGUCUAUCCGGCGGCUGGCUUCAAAAGUUCAAGCACAGACAUGGGAUAGGGUCGGGAAGGCUGAUGCGCCGGGCAUCCGACACCAACAUACCUGACACCAUGAACAUGUCGACGCCCCGGAUCAGGCAGAGAAGGCGAAGUGGCGAUACGGCUGCCGACGCCAUCAUAUCGCCCAUGUCACCGCCGCCAGCGCACAUGUCGCCCUUGUCCGAGGCGGGAAGCGAGCAGGACGAUAUGCCCCCCGAGGGGUUGGGGCUGGACUUCUCCUACCGACCGACGGCCUCGCAGUCGGCCACGUCGCUGACGAACGACGUCUCGUUUUCCCCCGGCGGCGCCUUUACAUUUUCGCCCGAUCCAGGCGCAGGGGGUUCCUUCGCUCUGAGCCAGCAGAUGGGGUUCGGCUCGACGGCAGCAACAGCCGCAGACAUGCUCCAGAAUCACAGGGAGAAGAGGAGCAACACGUUCCCCUCGUUGAAUAUCGAAUCAGUCAACGGCAUAUCCGCUCCCGAUCCCAUGACACCUCGCCAUCUUUCAUCAGCCUCGACGCUCGACUCUCCCCUCUACGGCCAACGUCCCUUCCCGAUCGACACUUCUUCAUCUGCUAUAACGUCACCGCCUACGCUGCACCGUAGCGCCAGCAACCAGAGCCUGACGGCACGGUCCAACACGACACCGGUUGAAUCAUCGCCCGUCUCUCCCUCUCACGAGGAUGCCCGCCGUGCUGCCAGCACGCUCCUCAACUACAUCCAGAAUAUGAGCUCCAACGGCCAGUUUGAGCAGAAUGAAUACCUGAUGCUGGUGCAGCUUACCAAGAAGCUGCAAGUGCACCAGCAUCAGCCUUCGCGGUCCAUCGGUGGGCUUUCGAGGAUUCCAGAGGGGGAGGGAGAGUUGGUGACGCAUUCGCACACUAUCUCUCCCGCGGAAGCCCACGAAGAUCAUAUUGGCUGA